AUGUCCACCCAGCCUGCUGACAGUUCGGCAGCUGUUGAGCCUGAGCCUACAAUUUCCACCAGAGCUGCUGAUUUUCUGGCUACUGUUCUGCCAGAGCUAACUAGGUCAAACCACCCUGCUGACUGUCUGGACUCUGUUCAGCCUGAGUCAUCUAUGUCCACACACCCUGCUGAUAAUAUGGCUACUGAUGAGCUUGAGCCUACAAAUUCGACCAACGCUGCUAACUGUCUGGCUGCUCUUGAGCCUGAGUCGACUAAAUCCUCCAAUGCUGCUGACUGUCUGGCCUAUGUUGAGCCAGAGCCAGGUAUGUCCACCCACCGUGCCGACAGUCUGGCUGCUCUUGAGCAUGAGCUGUCUCAUGCCAACAAAGAUGCUGACUGCCUGCCUUCUCUCAAGACUGAGCUGAUUAAUUCCAUCAAUGCUACUGAUUGUCUGGCUUCUUUUGGGACUGAGACAACCAUGUCCACCCAGCCUACUGACAGUGUGGCAGCUGUUGAGCCUGAACAUAAUAGUUCCACCAAUGCUGCUGAUGGUCUGGGCUCUGUUGAACAAGAGCCAGCUAAUCCCACCCACCGUUCCAACAGUCUGGCUGCUCUUGAGCAUGAGCUGACUAAUUCCAACAACACUGCUGACUGUCUGGCUUCUCAGAAGGCUGAGUCAAUUGAUUCUACCAAUGCUACUGAUUGUUUGGCUUCUGUUGGGACUGAGACAACUAUGUCCACCCACCCUGCUGACAAUAUGGCUAUGGAUGAGCUUGAGCCUACACAUUCCACCAAUGCUGCUUACUUUCUGGCCGCUCUUGAGCCCCAGUCGACUAAUUCCUCCAAUACUGCUGAUAUUCUGGCUUCUGUUGGGUCUGAGACAACCAUGUCUACCCACCUUGCUGAUAUUCCUAUUGCUCAUGAGCAUGACUAUAAUGAUUCUACCAAUGCUGCUGACAGUCUGGACUCCGUUGAGCCAGAGCCAGCUAUGUCCACCCACCAUGCCGACAGUCUGGCUGCUCUUGAGCAUGAGCUGUCUCAUGCCAACAAAGCUGCUGACUGUCUGGCUUCUCUCAAGGCUGAGCCAACCAUGUCCACCCAGCCUGCUGACAGUUCGGCAGCUGUUGAGCCUGAGCCUACAAUUUCCACCAGAGCUGCUGAUUUUCUGGCUACUGUUCUGCCAGAGCUAACUAGGUCAAACCACCCUGCUGACUGUCUGGACUCUGUUCAGCCUGAGUCAUCUAUGUCCACACACCCUGCUGAUAAUAUGGCUACUGAUGAGCUUGAGCCUACAAAUUCGACCAACGCUGCUUACUGUCUGGCUGCUCUUGAGCCUAAGUCGACUAAAUCCUCCAAUUCUGCUGACUGUCUGGCCUAUGUUGAGCCAGAGCCAGGUAUGUCCACCCACCGUGCCGACAGUCUGGCUGCUCUUGAGCAUGAGCUGUCUCAUGUCAACAAAGAUGCUGACUGUCUGGCUUCUCUCAAGGCUGAGCUGAUUAAUUCCAUCAAUGCUACUGAUUGUCUGGCUUCUGUUGGGACUGAGACAACCAUGUCCACCCAGCCUACUGACAGUUUGGCAGCUGUUGAGCCUGAACAUAAUUCCACCAAUGCUGCUGACGGUCUGGACUCUGUUGAACAAGAGCCAGCUAAGCCCACCCACCGUGCCGACAGUCUGGCUGCUCUUGAGCAUGAGCUGACUAAUUCCAACAACACUGCUGACUGUCUGGCUUCUCAGAAGGCUGAGUCAAUUGAUUCUACCAAUGCUUCUGAUUGUUUGGCUUCUGUUGGGACUGAGACAACUAUGUCCACCCACCCUGCUGACAAUAUGGCUACUGAUGAGCUUGAGCCUACACAUUCCACCAAUGCUGCUUACUGUCUGGCUGCUCUUGAGCCUGAGUCGACUAAAUCCUCCAGUGCUGCUGACUGCCUGGCCUAUGUUGAGCCAGAGCCAGCUAUGUCCACCCACCGUGCCGACAGUCUGGCUGCUCUUGAGCAUGAGCUGUCUCAUGCCAACAAAGAUGCUGGCUGUCUGGCUUCUCUCCAGGCUGAGCUGAUUAAUUCCACCAAUGCUACUGAUUGUCUGGCUUCUGUUGGGACUGAGACAACCAUGUCCACCCAGCCUGCUGACAGUUUGGCAGCUGUUGAGCCUGAACAUAAUAAUUCUACCAAUGCUGCUGACGGUCUGGACUCUAUUGAACAAGAGCCAGCUAUGCCCACCCCCCGUUCCGACAGUCUGGCUGCUCUUGAGCAUGAGCUGUCUCAUGCCAAUAAAGCUGCUGACUGUCUGGCUUCUCUCAAGGCUGAGCCAACCAUGUCCACCCAGCCUGCUGACACUUUGGCAUCUGUUGAGCCUGAGCCUACUUUUUCCACCAAAGCUGCUGAUUGUCUGGCUACUGUUCAGCCUGAGCUAACUAGGUCAAACCACCCUGCUGACUGUCUGGAUUCUGUUCAGCCUGAGUCAUCUAUGUCCCCACACCCUGCUGACAGUUUGGUAGCUAUUGAGCCUGAACUGACUAAUUCCACCAAAGCUGCUGACUGUCUGGACUCUGCUGAGCCAGAGCCAACUAUGGCCACCCACCAUGCUGACAUUCUGACUGCUGUUGAGCCUGAACAUACUAAUUGCUCCAGUACUGCUGACUGUCUGCCUGCUGUUCAGCCUGAGUCCAGUAUGUCCACCCACCCUGCUGACAGUAUGGCUGCUAUUGAUGCUGAGCCUACAGAUCCUGCCAUUGUUGCUGACUGUCUGGCUGCUCUUGAACCUCGGCUGUCUGUUACAUGUGCUGCUGACAGUAGUGUGUUAGUUGAGAGUCAUGACUCAGGACCAGCUAGUCACAUUGGAUUGGAUUAUGUAGUUGAUUUACCUCUUUACAAGGAGAGUACAAGUGAAGAAGAAAUAUUUGAUUCUGCUACUUCAGAUGAGGAAUCUUCUUUUACUCCUGACGUAGAAGAAGGUCUGCCUGCUACUCAGGGUGCUGAGGAUAUUUUUCAUGCUUCCGCACGAGCUGAACCAAUAAACCACAGCUUGAUCCUUCUCAGGGAGAGUGGAUAUCUUCGGGCAACAGAGAUACCACGCAUACCUUUUUUGCUCUUCAUAUGGCUUAUAUCCUCACUCUUAUCCAUCAUAACAUGGAUGAAAAUCCAAAUUCAACAAGCAUGGCAUGAAGAAAAUGGCCAAGGAGCUCCCACUAAGAAGAGAGUCGGACCAGGUAAGUUAAACUAAAAUAGUAGCUUAAAAUAGAUUAAGAUUGUUUUACUAGAAACCUAGGUCUCUUUUGUUAAUAAAUUUCAUACUUCUAUAGGGCUAUUUACACAUAACCUAGAACCUGAAAACUUUAUUUUUUCUCAAUUUAUAGAAAAUAAUUUUCAUAAUGUAACAAAUCCAGUUUAGAGAAAUACAACUGACCAGGUAAUAUUUUUUCCUACUUGGAUGUUUCCUAUUCUAGAAUGAGGAGAUUAUUGUCACUUCCAGUGAAAACAUGUGUUUCCUGAAUGACUAAGCCGGGAAAACUUCCUGUUAAAUGUUAUUG